UAAAGCAGGCUGCGGGGGCGGGGUCGUCGCUUGCAGUGAGUGCACUGUGCAUCCAGCCCCCUCGGCAGGAUGAUGUUUGGGUGCAGUAGGAGGCUGUGGUGCGCACUGUCCUUCCUGGGAGCUGCGGCCGGCAGUGGAGUGGGAUUUGCCUAUUUAGGGACCAGCUCCGUCAGCAAGCAGGUGGAGUCAGAUUUCCGAAAGACCAAGCUGGUCGUUCAGCACAACAUGAAGAUUGAGCUGCUUCCUGCCCUGACGGACAACUACAUGUACCUCCUGAUCGACGAGGAGACCAAGGAGGCCGCCAUUGUGGACCCCGUACAGCCGAAAAAGGUUGUUGAAGCGGUCAAGAAACAUGGAGUGAAACUGACGUCCGUCCUCACCACACACCAUCACUGGGACCAUGCAGGAGGCAAUGAGAAACUCGUCAAAAUGGUUUCUGGGUUAAAAGUCUAUGGAGGAGACAGCAGGGUGGGAGCAUUAACCCAGAGGGUUUCCCAUCUGACAACAUUUCAGGUGGGGUCCCUUCACGUCAAGUGUCUUUUCACCCCCUGUCACACUUCUGGUCACAUCUGCUACUACGUGACGAAGCCCAACAGCUCCGAGCCGCCGGCAGUGUUCACAGGUGACACUCUCUUCGUGGCCGGCUGUGGCAAGUUCUUUGAAGGGACAGCAGAAGAAAUGUACCAGGCCCUGAUUGAGAUAUUGGGGCGGCUUCCUCCAGAGACGAGAGUCUACUGUGGACACGAAUACACAAUCAACAACCUUAAGUUUGCCCGCCAUGUGGAGCCCAACAAUGAGGCCAUCAAACAGAAGCUAGCCUGGGCUAAGGAAACGUACAAUAACGGAGAACCCACCAUCCCCUCCACGCUGGCUGAAGAGUUUACAUUUAACCCUUUCAUGAGAGUCAGGGAGAAGUCAGUGCAGCAGCACGCAGGGGAAGACGACCCAAUCUCCACCAUGGGCGCAAUCCGCAAAGAGAAAGACAAUUUUAAGAGACUCCUAAGUCCAAAGACGAUUAUGGCCUCCUCCAAAAAUCUGAGCCGGUUUUGGGAAUGGGGCAGAAAAAUUAUUUGUGUUGGAAGGAAUUAUGCGGACCAUGCCAAGGAGCUGAAAAACGCUGUGCCCACAGAACCAGUGCUGUUCCUUAAGUCCCCUUCGGCCUACGUGCGGGAGGGCGCCCCCAUCCUCAUGCCUUACUACAGCAAUAAUCUUCACCAUGAAGUUGAACUCGGGGUGGUGAUUGGCAAAGGAGGUAAAGAUAUAGCACAGACGAGCGCGAUGGACCACGUGGAGGGAUAUGCCCUGUGCCUGGAUAUGACAGCUAGAGAUGUACAGGACCAGUGCAAGCAGAAGGGACUUCCGUGGACUUUGGCGAAAGCCUUUGACACUUCCUGCCCGGUCAGUGACUUGAUCCCCAAAGAAACCAUAAAGGACCCUCAUAAUGUAAAGAUAUGGCUGAAAGUAAAUGACAUCCUCAAACAAGAGGGGAGCACAUCGUCCAUGAUCUUCUCCAUUCCUUUUCUCAUCAGCUACAUCAGCAGGGUCAUCACCCUGGAAGAAGGGGAUCUUAUACUGACAGGGACCCCAAAAGGAGUGGCCGCUGUGCAGGAAGAUGACGAGAUGGUGGCAGGAAUUGACAACAUUAUUAGCAUGCGGUUUCGAAUAAAAAAACAGGCCUAGUAAAAUUAAAGGGAGUCUGUCAGCAGGCUUGACCCUCAAAACUCAUGACAGCACUAUACAGGUGAACCCCCGACGAUCAGCUCUUCCUAGGCAAUGACAUCGUGUUCAUCGAUCACAUGUUAUUUUUGGAGCUCGGUCCCAUUCAAGUAAAUGGGCCUGGGUUGCAAUACCAAGU